UAAGUCUAUGACUGACCCAAGGCUUACCUGUCCAAACCUUUUAAUCUUCAAGAAUGACCUUUGUGUUGAGAGUCUUCAUCUUUUACUUUCAUUGUCCUUUGACUUAAAAAAUAUCUUAUAAUUUAAUCUAUAACAAUUUUCAAAUGAUAUCCACAUUGUUUACAAUUCAUCAACAUAUUUCUUGUCCCCAAGAUUAAAAUCUUUGAGUUAGAAAUAUUAAUUUUCUACGUAUACAUAAUUAAUAUGUAUAUGUAUGUGGUGUGUACAUGUAUUUAUACACCCUAAAAUUGGGAGAAAAGUGUGCAGUCCUUUGCCCCAGAUUCCCCCUCACAAUCAAACCAUGACAAAAAUUGAAUCAAAUUCUCAAAUAUAAUUUGAUUGAUGAAUUAUACUUCUUCAACACCGGAUUGGUUCUCUUCUUCCUGCUUUCAAGUUUCAGUUCUGAGCUCUCAAUCUUCAUCAAUGGCAACACAACUCCCUCAAGUCCUGGUCCUCCGUCCGUCACCGGUUUUCACACAAUUUCAAGUGGAAUUCUCCAACAAAUUCCAACUUCUCAAAGCUUGGGAGUCUCCGCUCCCCACCCACCACUUUCUCACCACUCAGGCGCGCUCCGUCAAGGCCAUCCUGUGCUCCGGCAACAGUCCGGUCACAGCCGACGUCCUCCGCCACCUCCCGGCGCUUCGGAUAGUCGUCACGGCCAGCGCCGGGGUAAACCACAUUGAUCUGCCAGAGUGCCGGCGGCGGGGAAUCGCCGUCACCAACGGCGGAACUGUAUUAUCCGAAGACGUGGCUGACAUUGCCGUCGGGCUGUUGAUCGACGUAUUGAGAAGAAUCACCGCUGCUGAUCGGUUCGUUCGCGGCGGACUUUGGCCAACUGUCGGCGACUAUCCUCUUGGUUCCAAGUUGGGAGGCAAACGAGUUGGGAUUGUAGGAUUGGGAAGCAUUGGCUCACAAGUUGCGAAAAGGCUUGAGGCCUUUGGCUGCAUCAUCUCAUACAACUCGAGGAAGAAGAAACCCUCUCUCUCAUACCCCUACUACCCUAAUGUCCGUGACCUUGCAGCUAACAACAAUGUUGUUGUGAUUUGUUGUGAACUAAAUGAUCAAACUCACCACAUGAUUAACAAAGAAGUCAUGUCAGCAUUGGGGAAAGAUGGAGUCAUUGUCAAUGUCGGACGCGGGGCUAUCAUCGACGAGAAGGAACUGGUUCAAUGUUUGGUGCAAGGAGAGAUUGGUGGUGCUGGCUUGGAUGUGUUUGAGAAUGAACCCAAUGUUCCUAAAGAGCUCUUUGCAAUGGAUAAUGUGGUGAUGUUACCACAUAGAGCUGCCUUCACAGAGGAAGCUUUCUACGACGCAUUCCAGCUUGUGAUGGGCAAUUUAGAAGCUUUCUUCUCUAACAGACCUUUACUUUCUCCGGUCAUCGAUGAAUGAAUGAACCGAGUCAAGCUAAUCUUGAGUUAGCUUCCUGUUCUAAUUGUAUUUUAACCAGGUUCUAUUUGUUCUUGUGGAAGUCAAUUACUGGCAAAAAGUAUGUGCUUUUUUAUUAAAAUCCCACCAGACAACCUCUGGUUGUUUUAACGAUUUAGCUCCAUUUUUGAAGUCAA